UGAAGGUUUCCGGCAGUCACCAGGCUGUAUUUUUGGGAUGGAUGGAAAUGAGGCAUCGGGGGCACCAGAGUGAAAAUAUUGCAGAGAUUAACAGACAUUUGGCAGAGAAACUUGGCAUUACAGAUGGAGAACAGGUGUUCCUUGAACCCUGUUCACACGUCUCUUCCUGUCAGCAAGUAGAAGUGGAGCCGCUCUCAGCAGAUGAUUGGGAAAUACUGGAAUUGAAUGCUUCCUCACUUGAAAAAACGCUUCUUGACCAGAUUCGAAUCGUCUUCCCCAAAGCCAUCUUUCCUGUGUGGGUUGAACAGCAUACUCACRUCUACAUCAAAAUUGGUGCACUUAGCCCAGCUGCCCCUUACGGGAGGUUAGAACCUCGCACGGAACUUUUGAUAUGCCCUAAAAGCCGCCAGCUUGAGGCAAGUCUCACCAGCGUGCCUUSCACAGAAAGGGACACUUUGCUCAAAAGAGUUGGGAAAAAUAACUCGGGCCAAGAAGCAGCAGCAAAGGAGCCACUGGCCAAGCAGGCUCAUGUAAAGCCAGGAGUCCCUGAGCAGCGUGAGCCUGAUGCGAAUGUGACACUCAGCUCGAAUAUCUGGGAUUUCAUAGGGAGCAUUUUCUCUCGCUCGUCUGAGCAGAAGCAAAAGACUUUGUGUGACAAAGAUGAAGUGAAAGCCUUCAGAGAUGAGCUGCUCAACUUAAUUCACAUGGAUUCCAUUUUUAGAGUGUGUGGCUCCCCGCCGCCCAGCGUGCAGAGCGCGUCGCCCGCGCGGGCCUUCCUGAAACACAGCGCCGUUCACCUUUUCCCUUGGAGUUUAGAUUUUGUUGAUCUGGAUCCAGCUGCCGUGGUCUCUUACGGGAGAAUCAGUGAGCUGCUCUMCCCGAGGCAGCGGCUUCAAGAAGCCAAGCAAAACCUGCUGCUCGAAAGGCAAAAGCCUGUGGCCAGCACACAGCACAAAAAUCAUCCUGGCAGCAGCCAGCCAGCCACGGAGGGGGCUGUUGUUCAGAUCGUUUGGAACGGAUUUGAAGAUCUCAAGAGUGUCAUUGAGCAUGGCAGCAAUGGGGAAACCCUACACGCUGGAAGAGUUUGGAUUCCAGAUGGUCUGAGAAAGAAGCUACGCAUAGAAAUGCAUUCAGCAGUCCGAAUUAAGUCACUAGACUCUAUUCCUAAGAUUCCCACAUCUCUUACCCUACAACCCAAAGAGAACUUACAUAAAGAUGUAGACGAAGGUGAUGUUAAAUCUGCCUUCAGUUCUUGGCUGCAGAAUUCUGCUACUGAGGAUCUUCCCUGGAUAAUGACCAGCACAGACUGUGUACAGCUUUCUUUUAAAGAAAGCACAGAGGAGUUUGUCCUUGGUGUAGGACAUUCUACUCACACUGAAGAAAAUAAGUCUGAGAAUAUUUUUAUACUGAGUCCCACUUUUCUGCCAAAGACAAAUAUACAAGUUCUUUUACAUCCUCUGACUGGAAAAGUUGAUGGUGAUGGCCAGCUACCUGUGUGUGAUACAGACAGGAGCCCUCCUUACCACAAACURAAUGAUCUUGGGGGAGUGGACAGAUUAGGAACAGCUUCCUUGGAGCACAUCAGCCACAGCCUUUUGGGGCGUCCUUUGUCUCAGAAGCUGGCUGCUCUCGCUGUGGGGCUGCGCAACGGGGCAGUGCUGCUCACAGGAGGAAAGGGAAGUGGAAAGUCAACCUUAGCAAAGGCCAUCUGCAAAGAAGCAUUUGAUAGACUGGAUGCUCAUGUCGAGGUAAUUGACUGUAAAGCUUUAAGAGGAAAAAGAUUAGGAAACAUACGGAAAAGUAUGGAAGAAGCCUUUUUAGAGGCAGCGUGGAGACAGCCAUCCAUUCUUCUAAUGGAUGACCUUGAUCACAUUGUUGGAGUAUCUUCUACACCAGAGCAUGAGAACAGCCCUGAAAUGAUUCAAAGCAAUCGGCUCGCUUAUGUUCUAAAGGAUCUGGUAAAAGAAGUUAUAUCCAUGGGGAGUAUGAUUGCAUUAAUUGCCACAAGCCAGUCUGAACAUUCCCUACAUCCUUCACUGGUUUCAGCUCAAGGAACUCACGUAUUUCAGUGCUUCCAGUGUAUUCAAUCUCCAAAUCAGAAUCAAAGAUCUGAAAUGCUGUGUUCCGUAUUAAAAAAUAAGCUGAAUUGUGAUAUAAAGAGGUUUGCUGAUCUUGACAUCCAAUAUAUUGCAAAGGAAACGGAAGGUUUUGUUGCUAGAGAUUUUACUAUGCUGGUUGAUCGUGCCAUCACCCCAUCAGCUCUGAGAAAUGUCAACCUUCAUAAACCUAAGGACAUAGGCUGGGACAAAAUUGGUGGCUUAAAAGAUGUGCAGCAAAUACUCAUGGAUACUAUCAUGUUACCUGCCAAGUAUCCACARCUAUUUGCAAACCUGCCCAUACGACAGAGAUCGGGAAUCCUGCUGUAUGGAGCACCUGGAACAGGCAAAACGCUGCUAGCRGGAGUAGUUGCUCGAGAGAGUGGAAUGAAUUUCAUCAGCAUCAAGGGACCAGAACUGCUCAGCAAAUAUAUUGGAGCAAGUGAGCAAGCAGUCCGAGAUGUCUUUAACAGAGCCCAGGCAGCCAAGCCCUGCAUUGUUUUCUUCGAUGAGUUCGACUCUCUUGCUCCCCGCCGAGGCCACGACAACACAGGAGUCACCGACCGAGUGGUUAACCAGCUGCUCACCCAGCUGGAUGGCGUGGAGGGCUUGCAAGGGGUUUAUGUGCUUGCUGCCACCAGUCGCCCAGAUUUGAUUGAUCCUGCUUUGUUAAGGCCAGGUCGACUGGAUAAAUGCCUGUACUGUCCACCUCCAGAUCAGACUUCACGUUACGAAAUCCUAAAAGCUCUCAGUCAUUCUCUGUCUUUGGCAAAUGACGUGGACUUGCAGUACGUGGCAGCAAAAACAGAGCAUUUCACAGGGGCUGACCUAAAAGCCUUGUUGUACAAUGCCCAGCUAGAGGCAGUACAUGCUACUUUGGGCUCAGGUUCAUCACAGGAUUUUGCUUCCAGUUCUGACAGUGAUGUYAGUCUCUCUUCCAUGGUUUUUCUAAACCACAGCAGUGGCUCGGAUGACUCAGCACUAGAUGGAGAAGCAGGGCUAGAGCAAUCCCUUGUUUCUCUAGACAUGUCUGAGUUGCUGCAYGAAGAUUCACGGUCCAACAUGUAUCGGCUUUAUUUUGGAAGCUCUUACGAAUCGGAACUGGGCAAUGGGACUCCUUCAGAACUGAGCUCUUUGUGCCUGUCUGGACCAAACUCCAUAAUUCCUGAUUUAACCAGCAYGAGUCAGAGAGACACAGGAUCAUCACAGCCUUCCAUGCUUAGAACARCUUCUCAGGAAGGAUCCCAGGAAACCCAGGAGCAAGCAGAGCACCUGAGGAGAGAAAUCAAUGCUGUCAAGGCCAAUUACAGAAACAGGAAUGGAGAGGACAGCACCCUCAACCAGUCAGUGCUCACGAGGAAUGCUGUGGUUGUUACCCAGGCCCAUCUAAUGACUGCACUUGAGGGCAUAAGACCAUCCAUUAGCCAAAGUGACUGGAAGAAUUUUGCUGAGCUAUAUGAGAACUUUCAGAAUCCCAAGAAGAGGAAAGGACAAGUUGGUUCAACAUUCAGACCAGGACAGAAAGUGACUCUAGCAUAAUAACUUCCACAUGCUUUUAAUUGCUAAACUGUGACUGGAAAUGAUAAGUGUCAGCCUGAUAUUUAAAUGAAUAGAUCAGAUUAUUUAUAUCUAUAUAGAUUUAUUGAUGCACCAAUAGAAGAUAAGUUUCU